CUUUAUAUGCAGCAUCUUGCAUAGCUGCUUAGCUUCUGACUGAGAGUGUCUGACACUAGGGAGAGAUAUGCCAGCCUGCCAGUCUACUCUGCUCUUAUCAAUCUUCCUACAUGUCUCUGCCAUCACUGUUGGAGCACAAAGGAAAAAUGUGACAAAACCGCACAACCUUAUGGGACAAGAUGCUACUAGAAAGAGCUUAAAAACACUCUUAAAUCUAGAUUUAACAGGUGCAACUGAGUGGACAUCGUGGUUUAAUGUCGACCACCCAGGUGGAGAAGGUGACUAUGAGACCAUAGAAGCUGUUCGAUUUUAUUAUCGUGAUCGCUUGUGUGCAAGGCCGAUUGCCAUUGAGGCAAGAACAACUGAAUGGGUAGCCCCAGAGGACACAAAGGAGAUUGUUCAUUCCAGCCCAGAGAAAGGCUUUUGGUGCAUUAACAGGGAGCAGAAGGGUGGGAGAACCUGUUCAAACUACCAUGUCAGAUUUCAGUGCCCACUGGAUCAAGUGUAUUGGGCCCAUUGGUCAACAUGGAGUUCCUGCUCUCAGACUGGCUGUGGAUCUAGAGCGAUACAGAUCAGGCAGCGCUCCUGCAUUAAUGCCCAGCCUCUGGUUAUUCACAACCUCCAAAAAUGUGUAGGAGAGGCCACAGAGAGAAGGAUUUGCAACUCGAGCCUAUGCAAAGGUAAAGUGGAAGGCAAAUGGUCUAACUGGGGCUCUUGGAGCACUUGCACCAAAACCUGUGGCGGUGGAAAGAAGGUUAGGAGCAGAAUCUGUAUCAGCAAACACGUUCCUUGUUCAGGAAGUCCAUUCCAAGCUCAGAAGUGUGGAAGUGCAUCAUGUGAAGGCUGCCAUCAGUUAUGUACCACAGCCAAUGCCAUCCGUGCCUGCAGUGCAUGUACCUGUGCCAGUCAUAUCCUUCUUGGCAAAGUCCUUAGUUCAUAUGGAUCUGUGCUGCCCAACGCAAAGGUGUUCCUGAAAGAAAAGCUUCUGGGAACUUCUGAUACAUAUGGCCAAUUCAGAAUACCAGGGAUAUGUGCAGAUGGACACAUCAAUCUCACUGUACACAUGGAUGGUUUCUCAUCAGUAACUUUGCAGAACACAAAAAAUGGCUCCAAAUUGUCUUAUAUUGAAGCUAUUUUAAAAAGACAAGAAAAGCCAUAUAUGGUGCAGCAUCCAUACUCCAAGAUCCGAAGAGUAGGACAGAAGGUUACAAUGUGUUGUGAAGCUACAGGCAACCCAGCUCCUACAAAGUAUUACUGGUAUCACAAUGGGACACUACUGGACAAACAGACACUUAAAUACAACAAACAGUUAAUCUUACGAAAUAUUCAUCCAGCCCACUCAGGGACAUACCAAUGCAAAGCCAGUAAUGGACUAGGAACUAUCAAGUCUUCUUUGACCAAACUGACUGUCAUAGGUAAAGGAGAAGCCAGUUGUGAAAAGUUACCCCAGGAACACCUUAUUAAACUUCCCACAGACUGCUAUCAGUCCAAAACUGGUUCUUUCUAUUACAAUGCUGGCAAGUGUCCUAACACAAGAUGCAUUGGCCACUUGAGCUCAGAUCUUCUAUGCAAAGAUAAAGUAGAUUACUGCUGUGGAGUAAAUCGGAUGGAAUUGAAAGAGGUUAAAUGCGCUGGAUACAUGCUGCCCAUCAUGGUGGUGUCAGACUGCAACUGUAGUCAAUGUGUUCAGCCUAAGGUGUUGGUAAGAGGAAGAGUCACAACAUAUGAUACUGGGGAACCAUUACGUUUUGGUCAGAUCCUGGUGAACAGGGAGAACAUGGGCUUCACUGGAUACAAGGGGGAGUUUACAAUAGAAGUUCCAAUUGGCACAGAAAGGUUUGUGGUCACUUUUGUGGAUCCUCAAGACAAGUUUGUGGAGACUAUCAAAGUAUUUCCCUUUGACUCAAAAGGUAGUAAUGUAUACCAAGAUGUUAAGGUGAUGAGAAAAAGUGACCCAGUAAAUCUAGAUUCGACUUUGACCAAUAUACUUUCUCUUGGAAGUGUAGAGAAAGAAGACCCUAUUGGGGAACUGGUCAUAUCACCUAACUCUUUCACCAGAAGCAAUGGUGAAUCCUACAAAGGUACUGUUAAGGCAAGUGUUACCUUUCUUGAUCCAAGGAAUAUUAGCACUGCAUCUGCAGCCUCAAGUGACCUUAAUUUUGUAAGCAGAGAUGGAGAUAUAUCCCCAUUGAGGACAUAUGGGAUGUUUGCAGUGGACUUUAAAGAAGAAGCAACCAAUGUCCCGCUCCAGAUUGGAAAAGUUGAAGUACAUCUCAAUGCAGAGCAAGUUAAGAUGCCAAAGCACCUUAAAGAAAUGAAGCUCUGGUCCUUGAACCCAAAGACUGGUCUCUGGGAAGAAGAAAGUAAUUUCCAAGUAGCAAGAGAGAGCCGGAGAAAAAGGAGGGAGGAGAGGACAUUUUUGAUUGGUCAGCUGGAGAUAAAAGAGAGACGUCUGUUCAACUUGGAUGUGCCUGAAAAUAGACGGUGUUUUGUUAAAGUUAGAGCCUAUAUGAAUGACAAAUUUAUACCUAAUGAACAGCUAGAAGGGGUUGUUAUAACCUUGAUAAACCUAGAGCCUAUGCCAGGAUUCUCAUCUAACCCAAGAGCUUGGGGUCGAUUUGACAGUGUGAUCACUGGACGGAAUGGGGCUUGUCUCCCAGCUUUCUGUGAUGCUCAGAGACCAGAUGCUUAUACUGCAUAUGUCACUGCCAUAAUGGGUGGAGAGGAACUUGAAGCUGCACCAUCUUCACCUAAACUGAAUCCCAAUGUUAUUGGUGUUUCUCAACCCUAUUUAUCCAAGCUGGGGUAUGAAAGGACUGACCAUGAAGACUCAGCGUAUAAAAAGACAGCCUUCAAAGUUAAUCUUGCAAAGCCAAACUCAAACAAUUUUGAGGAGACAAGAGGUCCUAUUUAUUCAUAUAGAAACCUUCGUGGAUGUGAAGAAGCACCAGUCUCAGACAACCAUUUUCGAUUCUAUCGGGUGGAAGAAGACAAAUAUGAAUACAAUGUUGUUCCUUUUGAUGAGUCUGACUUAACUUCAUGGAUUGGUGGGUACCUUUCCUGGUGGCCUAACCCUCAAGAAUUCCGAGCCUGCUACAUGAAGGUGAGGAUUCAGGGUCCACAAGAUUACAUGGUCCGGUCCCGCAAUAUUGGAGGGAGCCACCCAAGGACUACUGGUCAUCUGUAUGGCUUGAGGGACAUCAGGACGGUAAGAGACUUGCAAGUGGAAAGCACAUCUGCAGCUUGCCUGGAGUUCAAGUGCAGUGGGAUGCUUUAUGAUCAGAAUUUAGUUGAUCGUACUCUAGUUGUAGUAGCUCCACAAGGCAGUUGCCGUGUUGCAGAGGUCAACAGCCUCCUAAAAGAGUAUCUUGCUCGCCACCCUCCACUUGCAAUAGGAAAUGAUACUGGUUCAUUUAGUAUGCUGGCUCCUGUUGAUCCUCUAGGACAUAACUAUGGUAUCUAUACUGUAACUGAUCAGAACCCACAUCUUGCAAAAGAAAUUGCUAUUGGGCGAUGCUUUGAUGGCACCUCAGAUGGUUUCUCUAGGGAGAUGAAGUCCCAGAUGGGUAUAGCUCUGACUUUCCGAUGCCAAGAGAAACCAGUUACACGUGAGAGCUUCUUCCAGCGCCUGCUCAACAAUCCUGGGGAUACCCUUCGUGAAAUUCGACAAGAAAUGAAAGAGAGUGAACAACCCCCACAAAUUGUACCUUAUCCCAUAACUAGUUCUUCAGCUAGGAGGCCCCCAGGAAAUAAAAGACAAUCAAGACAACCUCUGAAAAACUGAAAGGGUGACAACUUUACCUUUGUUUCAGUAAAACCACCAAAUAUUUGCAUACAUACAAAUUCGUAAAAACUGAAUAUAAAAACUAUAAUGUUCUGAAAAUUUCCAUUGACAUCAUUGGGAAUGAACAGUAAUAAUUUGUGAGAGUUUGCUGGAAAUAUCAAUUACUUGACUAUUUUGCAUUAAUAUUAUCCUCAUCUCAUCUGAUAUGGUCUAUGACAUUUAUAAAAUACAUAGGCAUGCUUUUAGAGGCUGAAAUGUUGGUUCUGUAAUAUUUAACUUUCAAUAACCUAUGAGGUAGUUUAAUUUGAGCAAUUGGGUCGCUCGGCGAGAAAAUUAGGAAGUCUGUUUGCUGCACUUACUUUGCAGGCAGAGUGACCCCCAUGUCAUCAAUGUAACCUGUUUUCUGUUGCAGUAGCUGUGAAAGGGUUAACCCUGCAAUCUAUAUACAAUGACUUCACGUGGGUGAUGAAAAACAGAUCAGAGAGGAGGAUAGCUAAUCAGUGUAAAACUACAUUGUAUUUGCCACAUGCUUUUAAUUUAAAAAGCCAUAAGAUUAAAGAAUAAGACAUCCCACCUAAACAAUGUUUUUUUAUAGGUCUGAAUGGCUGCAAUUAAACCAGCUGUUUUUUUAGUAAAUACUUUCAACUUAAAAUACACCUGUAAUAGAUUUGCAGUAAAGCAAAAUAUAUCCUACAUUAUCUGGUACUUCCCUUUACAGAUUAUAAUAAAAAGCUGGUUAUGUGUAA